AAGUCUUCUCCUUUGGAUCACUCGGUGUAUAAUUAAUCAAAAGGAACGAAUAAAUAAACGUUUCUCUGAUAUUAUUUUCCAUUUUUUAAUCAGCAAUUAUUGGGAAGGAAAAUUUGUUAACUCGUUGGAUUCUGAAGCUUUCUUUUGGAGGAUCCUUGUAAACUCGCCGCGUUUACUCAGAAAGCGGUGAGGAUGUCGACUCCAGCAAGGAAGAGACUGAUGAGGGAUUUUAAGAGGCUGCAACAAGAUCCUCCUGCAGGAAUUAGUGGUGCUCCUCAAGAUAACAAUAUUAUGCUCUGGAAUGCUGUUAUAUUUGGGCCUGAUGACACCCCAUGGGAUGGAGGUACAUUUAAACUGACACUUCAAUUUAUGGAAGAUUAUCCAAACAAGCCACCAACUGUUCGUUUUGUCUCUCGAAUGUUCCAUCCUAACAUUUAUGCGGAUGGAAGCAUCUGUUUGGACAUUCUACAAAAUCAGUGGAGUCCAAUUUAUGAUGUAGCUGCAAUACUGACAUCUAUUCAGUCAUUGCUUUGUGACCCGAAUCCAAAUUCUCCAGCAAAUUCCGAAGCUGCUCGUAUGUUUAGUGAGAAUAAGCGUGAAUACAAUAGGAGAGUGCGUGAGAUUGUUGAGCAGAGCUGGACAGCUGAUUGACAGAUCACUCGCUCAUGGAUUAAUAGUUCGAUGCCCCUUUAUGUCUAAAUAACAUUGACACUGAAAAGAUAUGUUGCAAACUAUUUAGAAUCUAUUUAUCAUGUUGGUUUGUUUUAUAAGGAUGGAUAACGCUCCCUUUAUUGAAAUGAUUUGUCGUAUCUUCACGUG